ACUCGGCGUCGCAGCAUUUCGUCUCCGUAGAGACCGCGGCGGCUGUGCUCUUCUGUGCAAGGAGCAGCACACACCUCACGCCGCCCGGAGAAAAUGACGGGGCGUCGGGGCCGGACGGGGCCGUUGCAGAGCGUGCUACGUCGGGGCCGGGAGCUGCGGGAACAGGUGAGUUCUUUGCUUCAAGAGAGCAAGAAAGCAGGGACCAUGGAUCUUGAUAAAAAGAAAAACCUUAGUCAGAGAUGUUUGGAGCUGAAGAAGUCUGUUGAUGAGAAUGCUUUUACUCUUCAUAACCUGAAAAAAUCAGACGAACCUGCGCCUGUGGGAAAUUAUCAUCAGAGAAAAGAAGAAGAAGAAAAGCAAUUGUUGAUGCUUUCUCAGCAAUUAGAAAAACUUGCUUCAGUCCUGAGUCGAGAAAAUGUGAUGAAGGGCUCCAUUGUAGAUGAGAAAAACAAAGCCAGUACAAAGAUGAAACAGGUAAAUGAGGAUAUUGAAGAAGAUGAUGAUGAAGAAUGUGAUGAAGAAAGUAUAGAAGAGGAGGAAGAGGAGGAGGAGGAAGAAGAGGAGGAGGACGAUGAUGAAAGCAAACUAGGAGAUGAUUCAGCUAUUAGGCAUUUUUCCACUCUUGGUGAUUUUACUGCUCAGCAAGAAGGGGAUCUGACAUUCAAAGCAAGUGAGUUGCUUCUUAUAAUUGACAAAAAGCCUGAUGGCUGGUGGCUGGCUAAAAACACCAAAGGGGAGAGUGGCCUCGUGCCUAAAACCUAUCUGGCCGUAUAUGACAAAGAAGGGGUGGGCCAAGGAGCAAGUGAUGAGGAAACAGAAGAAGACAUAGAGGUGACAGAUGAAACAGCUGGGGGAGCUGAAAUUCUGAAAAGAACAGACUCACACUGGAGUGCUGUGAAAAAGGCUAUAACAGAGAAUAAUACUUUAGAUGCGUUGACCACCAUGGGAGCAGUUCCAGCUGGAUUUCGACCCUCAACACUUGCGCAACUCUUGGAAGAAGGAGUUCAGUUUCGAGCCCAUUACUUCCUGCAACCUGAGCUCACACCUUCAAAACUUGCUUUCCGAGAUCUAGUGUGGAACUCCGAGAAAGGCACUAUACAGUCCAGGCCAACUCGGAUAUCACUAAUUUUGACACUGUGGAACUGUAAAGCGAUUCCUUUUCCUGGACUGAGCAUACAGGUUCUCAGUAGGCAUGUUCGACUUUGUCUUUUUGAUGGUAACAGAGUUCUGAGUAACAUUCAUGCAGUUAGAGCUACAUGGCAACCUAAAAAUCCCAAAACAUGGACUUUUUCUCCACGGAUCACUGGCAUCUUACCCUGCCUGCUUGAUGGCGAUUGUUUUGUUAGAUCCAAUUCUCCAUCUCCAGACAUUGGCAUAUUAUUUGAACUUGGAAUCACAUAUAUUCGCAAUUCAACAGGUGAAAGAGGAGAAUUAAGUUGUGGCUGGGCAUUUCUAAAACUUGUUGACUCCAGUGGAAUUCCAGUCCCCUCUAAAACAUAUGAGUUGCUUUUGAAUGGUGGGACUCCAUAUGAAAAAGGGGUUGAGGUAGACCCAUCCAUUUCAAGAAAAGCCAGCAUUGGUGUUUUCCACCAAAUGAUAGCACCAAGGAAGCAACCUCAGCUCCUUGUGAAAUUGAGGUCACUGAACACACGAUCCAAAGACAUUCUGAACCUGCUGCCAGAAGUAUUAGUUGGCAGUAUGUGCUACAUACACCUCCUGCUGUUUUAUCGGCAGAUUCUGGGUGACGUGCUUCUCAAGGACAGGCUAAACAUGCAGAAUGCAGAUUUGCUCAGCAAUCCAAUUUUGUCAACUUUCCCCAAACUCAUGGAGCAGCCUGAUCUUAUGGAUGCACUUAGGAGUGCCUGGGCAGAAAAGGAAAGCACACUAAAGAGAUCUGAAAAGAGAGACCGGGAAUUUCUGAAGUCUGUGUUCACCCUGGUAUAUCACGAUUCUGUCUUCCCUCUGCUCCAGUCCCUACUCCUUCCUGAGUAUAGGUGGGCAGAAGAAGAGUCCGAAGGCACCCGCUGGCGAAUGAUUGCUGAUUUCUUGAAGCAGAAUCGAGAAAGAGAUGGCGCUCUGCCCUCACUGCUCUCAUCAGAAAGCCUUCACAAAGCUUUUGAUAUCACAGAGAUUGCAUAUGAUUUCCUAGGAAAGGCACAGAAGAGUGGUCCCUGAUUUUUAAUGGAUUUCAAGGUCCUGGAACUCUACCAGUUGCCAUGCUAAUAGGAAUAGACUGCACACCUCAGAAAACUUAGCCAAGGGGGGGGGGAGUUUUGUAUGUUUUCAUAGUAUGAAUUUUUUAUUUUAUUUUUACAACAAUUUUAUAAGUCAAUUGUAUUGCUAUUAUUUAUAUCAUGUCAUUUAGGGUAUUUUUAAUGAAGCUUGUAAAGAUAUAUUUAAUGUCUUUGAUAAAGCUCUGCUGAAUUUUA